UGUUUCAGGAAGGGAUCAAUGGGCUGGCAGAGGAGCAACAGGCACACAUAAACAUGAGCACAGUGACAUCCAGGGAUUUCCAUAUUCUGAGGAAAGCAGACUGACUGUGCCAGGAAUAGCUGAGUAACCGCACCGAGAGGCGUCAGCACUUCCAGCCAUUGACUGCUGCUCCUGGAUCACUCUUGCUUUCAUUCAGUGUCUCCAUUUGCCCUGUGACCAGUGAUCGGGGACAUGGGGGGUCCGGGAGUCAUGUUCAUAACAGCCAACAUUGGAUCUCUAUCUGACCAGCCGGGAGAGAUGCAGAAGAACUGGUUUCAAGAACUGUUUCAGACAAUCCAUAGAUGUAACCCAGAAUUCAUUGCAAUGCACUUGCAGGAGUUUGGAGGCAAAGAAUAUGAGAAGAACAUGGAAGCUGCAGAGAAAUUAAUAAGGAUGCUGAUAGAGAGUCAGGAACUUUCAUCAUAUGAACGGGUGCAAGCAUUCAUAGACACAGAUUACAGCCAGCCAGAACGCUUCACUGCUCUUGGCUCAAUCUACCUAAUACACAAAUCCCUGAACAGAAUUCAGAUAUAUAAUUUUAAAGAAAAGCACUUUGCCACAUUCUCUGGGCACAACCUGUUCCUCGGCUCACUGGGAGACUGUCCCUUGGUGCAGAAAGAGAGAUUUCCCCAGGACUUUUGGAAAGAGUUUCCCUGGACACGCAAGGGAUUCAUGAGGACCCGGUGGCAGUUACACGACAGGACAUUUGAUCUGGUGAACCUUCACCUCUUUCAUGAUGCCUCCAAUCUCAUUUCUCUUGAGCUUUCCCCUUCAAUCUAUAGCCUGAACCGCAGCAAAGCCCUGAACCACGUCCUUAACAGAUUACAAGAUACCGAAGAAGUGCCCUUUUUCCUGUUUGGGGACUUUAAUUUCCGACUGGACCUAAAAAGCUUCAUAUUGGCUGAGAGUUGGACUCAGAAGGAAAUGACAGAGAAAGGCACUGUGCUUUAUGAACAAGAGGGAUUGGUGAAGCUUAUCAUUCAAAAUAAAGUCUUUGACCAUAAAAAUAUGGAGAUUUUUCAGGAGAACAAUGUACAAUCGCUGCGCAAAUUUGACUCUGAGCCACUCCCUUUCCUCAGUAGGCUAGCUGAGAUGCCAAUCUUCUUUCCUCCCAGUUACCCAUUCAGUGAGGACAUCACAAGACCGUCGCAAUUCAUGGGCACACGCUGCCCGUCCUGGUGUGAUAGAGUACUCAUGUCCUACUCUGCCAGAGCUCUCCUCAACAAGGUUAAGGAUGAAGAGAGUGAUGUUCAGUACGACCGGAUUGGAGCCGAUGUCUGUAUGGGAGAUCACAAGCCUGUGUUUCUUUAUUGGGAGAUGGAGUUACCUAUAGAAAAUCAUGUAAAGUAACAGCUUCUCCUUUUCUUAGGUCCCAGAAUACCUCAUAGAAACCCUGAAGACUACCUACAGCUACCUACAUGGCCUGUUUUUAUCUCAUAGCAACCAUGUUCACAAGGUGAUUCUAAUGGGUCACCUGACUGACUGGCAGACGAAGUGGUGGCACAAAACAUGCAUGUUAUAUGCACAUGCAAUAUCCCUGCUCUUCUGUAAGCUGUCACCUUGAGUUUACAUUUCUUAAUUUAAGAUGAUCAGGAAAUUAACGGAAAAUAUAGUUCACGUUUAUAAAAUAAAAAUGUUAUGAAAGCACAAUAAAUUGUAUUGAUAACCUCUUCAAAA